AUGAAGAGGUGGCCUAGUCAUGGGCGGCACUUGUUUUCCGGCAAGCUGCGGCCCAAGUCGACGUUUCUCAUUGUCAUCGCCAUGCUAUCGGCCUACUAUAUCCUCUUCAGUGGCUCGGGUUCCAAUGCUCCAGCCGUACCGCCUUAUUUUCCAGGAGGCUCCAAGGGCCAUCCUUUAGAGGGCCAGACCGAUGGGCAAACACCUCAAAAUCGGAAGGAAUUGUGGGAGCUCACCGCCGAGCACCUUGAGGACUGGGACGAUCCGACUGACGAAGAGGAUCCCAAUGACAUUGAGCUGGGCUACGAGCUAGAUGGCAAGGAACGUGGAUUUGGCGCCCUUGCCAGGCUCCAGCACGAGAAGGAUAUGAGGAAGGAGUGGAGGCACGCCUAUGCCGUCACUGAAAACCUUCCGACGUCCAACCUCAUCUACGGCAACACUCUCGCCACACUCGAGCACCAGGACGCUCGCACCGAAGAGUUUAGCUCCGACCUGCGAUAUGACCCAGAAGCCGACGUCGAAUUCAGUGUCGAGAAGCCCGUUCGUUACGAUCCUUACCCCAACUACAACACUCGAGAGUGGAAGAAGAAGGGCUACGCACCCUACGUUCCAUGCAAGGGCGCUACCAAUGAUUACAUUGAAGAUCUCCUUGUUUUCAAAGGCCAACCUCACGAGUGGCCGACGCCAAGGAUGGGUGGCUAUGAUGUUAUGAAUAUGGAUGGAAAUCUGUGCUGGGAGCGGGAGACACGACUGGGUCCUUACGGUUUGACUCCUCAGAACAAGAUUGGCGAAAGUGGCAAGCCGGAGCCCUUGGAGUGGGCCAAGGUCAACUGGGGCGAUCUCCAGCGAGCAUGUGUGCACAAAAACGCCCAGCGAUACGACAUGAACAAGGAUCGAAAGAACGAAUACCUAAACAUCUACCCAGAGACAUCGUCAGCUUCCGCGGGAUCUAAAACGCCAGAGUCUUGGUUAUCCCAGCGAGGUAAGACGGAGGAGCCCAACGCAGCGACAUCGCCCAUCACUGAAGAGGCUGUUGAAGACGACAAGGAAUUUCACACCAAGGAGAACCGAAACACCCCCAAUACCUUCAUUUCAGAAUCUCGCACAGCCAUCCUCUUGCGAUCUUACACUGGCAAGGUGUACACCGAUAACGAUAAGCAAACCAUCCGGGCUCUCAUCAGUGAGCUGUCUCUGAGGUCUGGCGGCGAAUACGAGGUUUUCCUUCUAGUUCAAGUCAAGGACAACAGUCUCCGCAUCUUUGAGGACGCCGACACUUAUCAAAGCGUCCUGAAGCGGUACGUGCCUGCCGAAUUCCAAGGCAUUACUAUUCUGUGGAAUGAUCAACUUGUCUGGGAUAUCUACACGGAGCUGAAGGAUGAGGAAGAGCGCAGCGUGCACACUGCGCAGUGGCUCUCCGUCCAGAAGUUCAGCCAAGAUCACCCCCAGUUUGACUAUGUUUGGAACUGGGAGAUGGACUUCCGUUUCACGGGGCACCAUUACGAACUUCUGGAGAAGCUGGCGGACUUCUCGACAAAGCAACCACGAAAGGGCUUGUGGGAGAGAAACGAGCGAUGGUACAUUCCAGAACAUCACGGUCGAUAUGAUGUUGAGUUUCGCCAGGAUAUCGAGCAGCGCUACGGCAACAACACCAUUUGGGGACCGAUUAACCUACCCUUCAUCAACCCCAUUGGACCCAAACCUCCAGUCUCGAAUCCUGAUGAUGACAACUACAAAUGGGGCGUUGGUGAGGAGGCGGAUGUCAUUACUGUGGGACCCAUCUUCAACCCCGUCGGAAGUAACUGGGUCAUUGCGGACCACAUUUGGGGCUACAGCGACUUGACUCACAGGUCGAAAGACCUCCCUCGCCGAACCACUAUUGUCACGCAAUCGCGUAUUUCCAAGAAGUUGCUAAACAUCAUGCACGUGGAAAACCUACGGGGUAACCACGUUGCCUCCGAGAUGACUCCUCAGACCGUUGCCCUCCUCCAUGGCUUGAAGGCUGUAUUUGCCCCUCAUCCCAUCUUCAUGGAUAGAGACUGGAACGGCAAGUUUCUUGCCAAGUGGUUCAACCCCGGAGAGAAUGGUGAAAGUGGUGGCCGUGGUAGCCCCAUGGGCUGGGGCCGUGAACGCAGAUACCAAGGCACGACCUGGUACUACCGCGCAGUACCUCCUAACCGCCUGUUCAACAACUGGAUGGGCUGGGCGGAUACGGGCAUCGGCGGUAAGAGAUGGGAGGAGAAGCAUGGCCGGCCGUGUUUGCCGCCGGUGAUGCUGCACCAUGUCAAGAAUACCGAAGCAACAAAGAGCAGCUACAAGACCACCUUUGAGCUUGCCUAUGGUUAA